AUGACACAGAUCAUCACUGAGAAUUUGCGUUCAAGCGUACCGCCUGCUGCCCCGAAAAGCCAGCGAGUAUGCCGUCAUUUUGCUCGAGGCCGCUGCACGUGGGGAUCAUCGUGUCGCUUCUCUCAUGAUGUGGAACGUGCAGCUGCAGAUGAGACCCAAAUCAGUCAGACAUUCAUUGGGCUUCAGCAACUGCAGCUGCAGAAGGAGCGUCACGUGAUACUCAAGGCAGCCUUGGAAGGAGAGUUCGAGAUAAAACCGUACAGUGUUGCUGAGGAGUACCAGAGGCAUAUAGUUCACCUCCGUUUUUCGUCGUCGACGAUAAUUCUUCCACGCCUGCUGACUGAGGAAUCGCUUCAGCAGCAGCUGAUAGAACUGGAAGAAAAUGAACAGCUUCGCAUUGGUGGUCUUCUCUUCCUCGUGGGUGAACCUGCUGUGUUUUGGUCCAUGAUGCAGCUUUACCGUCUGCGCCGGACGACAACAAGCUCCAAGUGGGACACCUUGCUGGAAAACGCAAAACGUGGCUACGUGGAGUGCAUGUUCUUUCGCUCAGCAGUGGGAUGUUUAAGCAGCGAUUGUCCCUUUUCCCACACCGCUCCCCCAGCCGUGAAUUUGUCCACGCCGCUGCAAAACAUGGCGACAAACAACGCUCUUCUGACGCCACUGUUGGGGUUUGGUCUAACAGCACCAGCACCAGCAACAACCGCAACAUCGACGGUGGCUUCGGUGACAAAAACGCACACGAAUGGGUUUCGUCCGCCCGCUGACCCUGUGAGGCACGUUGGCGUCUCGUCAUUGACGGUUGGUAAAAUGGAGGAAUCAGUGGCUUUCCGCGACAGCGUUUGGGGGGCCUGCGGAAUUCCGGAGCUCAAGCCGACCCAUGAGCCGCAGGAGAGCCUUUCCUUCAUGUGGGGUGGUGGUUUGAGGAGUGUACAGGAUGUGGAAUGGUAA